AUGCACUGUCAUAAUUCUAACCUAGAAUUCUAUCAUGUGUUUUCACAGAAAAAUCAAAACAAACAAAAAAUUGCCAAAAAAUCCUCCAACAAUGUUUUAAUUAAUAAAAAAACCUAACAUGAACUAUCUAAGAAAACUGAAACCAAUCCUGGUGUAUUCAGGUACGAGGCACCUAACCGGUCCCAAAAGAAAAUACCCCAUAAACACAACCCUAGCAGACCAGUUGCCCAUUUUUGAAGGAAAAACCAGCAAAAGAGCCUAUAAACGUGUAUUCUCCUGGGGCAACGCCCAAACCGGAGCACUCGGAAUCAUAAAAUUACUAGAAAAGAAAACUGUCGCAUUAAAAUUCCCUAAGAGGGUAGGUUUUGGGGAGGCAUUUGAAGUGGUGACUGCGGCAGCUGGAUUUGGAUUCUCUGCCUUUGGUGUCAAUAGUGACACUGAUGUAAAACUGUAUGGCUGUGGUAUCAAUACAGAUUCCCAAAUAGGUUAUCAUGAAAGGAGAACGGGGCAUCCACUGGGGCUGAUAUUUCAGCCUCGGCCAAUUUCGUUACCUUUUACAAACCCUCGUAAGACAAGAGUGUUGAAAUUAGCAGCUGGUAGGGCUCAUUUGGUCGUUUUGACUGAUGAAGGUCUGUACACUUUAGGAAACAAUGCGUAUGGUCAAUGUGGCCGAACAGUAAUCCCAAAUGAAGACUACAUUAAAAGUAACCACAUAAAUCAUAUAGAAACUGUACAUGGCAAAAGAAUUAUAGAUAUAGAAUGUGGACAGGAUCAUACUCUGGCUUUAGCAGAAGAUGGCUCAGUGUUUUCUUGCGGCUGGGGAGCUGAUGGGCAAACAGGCCUAGGGCACUUUAAGAACACUGAUAGAUUUGAAAAAGUGAAGGGGGACAUUGUCGGUGAAAAAAUAAUAAAACUCUCAAGCAGAUCUGAUUUUGUGUUAGCCCUAAGUGACCGAGGGGAAGUUUUUGGCUGGGGUAAUAAUGAAUAUGGACAAAUAUCACUUGAAAAUGAUGAACAACAGCUGUCAAAUCCAGUUCAUUUAAAAAAUAUAUCAAAGCUAGGUAAAAUGACAAAUGUUGCUAGUGGUGGCUGCUCGUGUCUAGUGGUUAACCAAGUAGGAGAAGUUUUUUCUUGGGGCUAUGGACUGCUAGGUCUGGGCCCUAAUGUAGCACUAUCAAAAGAGCCUCUGAAAAUUCCAGAAACGCUGUUCGGUCAAAAUGAUUUUAGCCCUAAUACUAAAGUGGUUAAAAUUAAGUGUGGAUUAAAUUAUUUUGCUGCCAUAACUAAUACAGGAGACCUUUAUAUGUGGGGAAGAAAUAGGGGAUGUGCUUUGGGGUUCGGAGAUGAAAAGGAUCAAUUCUUUCCUUUAAAAGUGGCUAUCGGUGGGAUUGUUGAAAAUGUGUUUUGUGGAUUGGAUCAUACCAUUGCCCUUUGUAAACCUUUUAUUUAAAUUUGUUGGGAAAGUUAAAUGUAAGUUUUAAAAACUAUAAAAGUGACUGAUUUGUGAUGUUAAAAAGAGUUAAUUUUUUUAAUAUAGGUGGUCAAAUCUU